CCGCGCUUCCAGCAGCGCGCCGCAGUCCGGCCUCCCGCCCGGGCCCGGGAAAGAAGGCCGGCGGCCGCGUCAAGUGUCCUCGGCGAUCGCGAAACAGUUCCGGUGGUAAGGAGUCCUUUCCAAAUAUAAGAGGAAUAAAGAAGUUACUUCCCCUGCUGCCAUCAUCUCCCAACAGACUGAGCAAGAAUAUUUCGAGCGCUACAGCAAAGACAGUCCAUCAAACCCUAGAUGAUGAUCAGCCAUGUGACUUUUUCAAGAAAGGGAAUAGGGUGAAUAAAUCUUAUCAGAAAAGCAGGUUUAUUUCUCGCAGCAAUAUGAAUGCGGGCCCCUCUUGGAAUAAAGUACAGCGUCCAAAGAAUUCAAGAAAAAGGCAGAGUAAAUCCCAAGUCCCCCAUCUCUCGUCCCAGCCGAAAAGCAGUCUCGGAGGAUGUGUCCCCCAAUCAACUGAGGAUAAACUGAAGGAAAGCAUUUCCCCGGAAGGAAACCCCAAAAGGAGUCCCCUUGGCUACAGGUGUCGGGGGUCCUCAGGGAACAAGUUGUUUCUGGACUUUCAGACGAUGAAAAUUAUCAAAGAAGAUGCUGAGGAGGACAGUGCCAGUGACCUCUCUGAUUCAGAAAGAAUCCCCGUCCCCCCUUCUCCCCUCACGCCUCCAGAUCUUCAUCUUCGGGCCGAAGAGAUCGAUGCGGCUCACUUCGAUCUGCACCCAGGGCAGGGUCCCACCCAACAGCCCGAAUACUCCUACCCUGACUUCCUCCCGGCCCCGUGUAACUCCUGGGACCUGCGGGACAUGGCUGUGCUCUUGCACUCUGAGCGCAGGACAGAGGCCGUGCCCAGAACCGGGGGGCUGCUGGGGAGGUACAUCGACAGGCUUGUCCAGCUCGAGUGGCUGCAGAUCCAGACUGUCCAGUGCGAGAAAGGAAAGGGGGCCAAGGCGAGGCCUCCCACUGCCCCUGGGACCUCGGGGGCUCUGAAAAGCCCUGGGAGGAGCAAGCUGAUUGCCAACGCUCUGUCCAGGCCUCAGCAGGAAGGGCCUCCGAAGUCAGGCCCUUCACGAAAGAAAGACGUGCACCGCGAAGAAGUCCAUCCAUCCUAUUACACAUGUGAGGCUUCCACCAAACCCCUCGAUGUGCUGAAUAGCAGCAGACUGUGUUCUCAGAAGCAAACCCUCGACGUGCAGACAGAGGAGAAGAAAAAGAAAUCCAACAAGAGCUCCAAGCUGCAGCACUGGGAUCUGUCCUGUGGGGACAGCGGCGACCCUAAGAUCAAGAGUAGCGUGAACCUUCGCCUUCCCAGGCAGCCAGCGGUGAUCGGGGACUCCACGGACACCUACAAGGCCUCCAGAGCGCCAGCACAUGCAAGUCUUAAGCAAAAGGGAAAUGCAAAUAAUUGUGCUCGAGCCACUGUAUCCAGCGAGAAAAAGCUCAAAACAAAUGAAGUAAAACAAAACACACACAAAUUCAAAUCAUAACUGAGACGAUGAAUUGCAAGGACCUGCAGGU